CAUAUGAAUCGGAUAAAUCCCCCCUCCCCCCUCCCCGAAUCUAUAAACGUAUAGCCACACCAAAAUCCCCUCCUCCAACUUCAUCGGAAUUUCUAAUUCCGCAACCCUAGUUUUUACCGCCUCCAUACUACAAUCAUGGCUACUUCCCCCGCCUUCUUCUCUUCCAUCCUCAACAUCCCCAAUUCCAAAAUCGCAAACACUGACGUAGGCUUCCCCCGGAUCUACUUCCCCCUCAGGAAAAAGCAUUUGUCGAUCAACCCCGCUCCUGCUCCAAUCGGCGAUUGCUCUCCCUCUUCCUCCGGCUCCUGCAACUCCGCCGCAAUCACCAAUUCGAUCACUCUCGACCAGGACAGCAUCAACGACGAGGAGGUGAAACGAGCCGAGUCGAAAAUCGGUUGUAAAGUCCGCGUCAAGGGACCGCUCAAGGUUUACCAUGUCCCCAAAGUGCCGGAAUUUGACUUAGCGGGGAAAGUGGGUGUGUUGAAGCAGUACGUGGCGAUUUACAAGGGGAAAAGGAUUUCGGCCAAUUUGCCCUACAAAGUGGAGUUUACGGCGGAGGAUGCGUCCGGCCGCGACGGUAAGCCGGUGAAGUUUUCUGCGCAUUUGAGGGGGGAUGAAUUCGAGUUUCUGGACUGAUUUUUAUGGCUCGACUAUUUGUUUCUUAUUGGAGCGUUGUUUACAAUUUUGCUUGGAUAUGACGAUGAUGAUGAUGAUGAUGAUAGCAUUGUGCAUAUAGAUAUAUAAAUCUGUGUACCACAUUGUAGAAAUAAACUGCUGUUUGCAUCCCUACAUUGGCGUUCUACGUGAAUUGACAUUUCAAGAAAUCUUCGAUUUCGAAUUCUUGUGCAAGAUUCUUGAACUUGGAGUGAAUAAGAUCAGUGUUGGUGUAGCAUUUA